AAAAUUCUUAGCAUUCCUUAGAACAAUAUAAUCAUUCUGUAACCAUAAUCUUCACAGUCAUCGUUCCAGUGAAGCCUUAAAAUAAAGAUUUUCUUUCUAUUGAAAAAUUUAUAUUUAAGAGAGAGCUUUUACCAUUUUUUUUUUCACUUUCAGAAAAACUUGAAAAAUGCUGGACUCUAUCACAUUAUUCUUCCUUUCUUUCCAUACGUUUGCCGGAGUUUCUGGCUGCAUUCUCAAUUCAAUUGUGCUCUUUUUGGCACUUUUUCGGACUCCGAAGACAAUCGCCGCUUACACCACAAUUCUCAUAAACUUUGCAUUGACCGAUUUCCUCGCCUGUUUCACAGAUCUUUUCAUUCAAAUGCGGCAUAUUCCGGCUGGAUUUACAAUGGCUUAUUUGUCACGUGGACUGUGCACUUAUUUUGGACCCCAUGUCUGCUAUUUUAUAUACAGCAUAAACAUUUCAUUAGUAGCUCAUGGUCUAUGGUCAUUGCUAAUGGGGUUCUCAUAUCGAUAUUAUAUCCUGUUUCAUCCGGCACCAACGAGAAAAGCUUUGAUAGUAAUUCUUAUGUUUAUAUCAAUUCCGUCAAUUAUCCAAAUGAUAACAUUUCUGUGGGCAGACGAUGACGCAGAUGAAAUGAAGCGAAUUGUCGUCGAACGAUUUCCGGAAUAUCAACUUCAAAACGAAACUAUUUGCGGAACAAUUAAUAUUAUUGAGUUUUCUGCAAUGUUCACAAUUCUACAUAUGACGUGCCCAAUAACACCAGUCUACAUAACUAUUUGGAUAUUAAGAAAAAAGAUUAUUGAGAACCUUACUUCUAAUUCAAAGGAUAUGUCAUCAAAAACUAAAGAAAUGCAUAAGCAGCUAUUGAAGGCUCUCACAUGGCAAGCCAUGAUCCCUGGCUUUUACGGAAUGAGCAUUGUAUCUUACGUCAUUGGGCAAUUCUUUUUCAAUCACCCCGUAUUUGAAUAUCUCACGCUCACAGGAUUCCUUUUUAUGCCUGUUCUUUCUCCACUCUCUUGCCUGAUAUUUAUUCAAAUUUACCAGAAACGAGUUCUAUCAUGGUGGUACAAAAUGAUUGGAAAUCCAAUUCCAGAUGAGUGGCUUACAGUGUUGAAUGCGACUAGAACCAAUGCAACAUCAAGUGUCGCUCCUUCAAAUGAAAUCAAAUCUAAACAUUGAAAUUGAACUAAUCGAUCUUUUAUUUUAUCAGCACGUUUUUUGUACCUACUAACCACCCCUUAUCAACUUAUAUAAUCCCAAUAAUAUUCUCCACUUUGCAGUCACUUUUCUGUCAUUUUAUUUUAAAAUGAAAA